AUGGGCUUGAAAUCCCCUCAAGAUAAUGGCUUUUCUGGUCCAUUGUGUUCUUGGAGGGGUUUGGUUUGUGAUGACAAUAAAGAACACGCCGUUGAGCUACAAUUAUCUGGUAUGGGUCUAUCUGGUGUAAUUCCAGAUUCAACCAUUGGUAAACUAACAAAGCUUAGAAAAUUGGAUCUCAGCAAUAACAAAAUCACAGCUCUCCCUUCUGAUUUCUGGAGCUUGGGCACACUUCAAACCCUUAACCUCUCACACAACCAAAUCAGUGGGAGUCUCUCUAGUAACAUUGUUGAUUUUGGGCAGCUUCAAAGUUUGGACAUUUCUUUCAACAAUUUCUCUGGGAGGAUCCCUGAAGAAAUCGGCUCGCUCGCCGUUUUACAGGUUUUGAAUCUGAGUCGUAAUGGUUUCGAAUCGGAUAUACCGUUAGGGAUUUGUCAGUGCAAAUCUUUGGUCGCCUUAGAUUUAUCCGAAAACAAUCUCGUCGGUUUACUUCCUAAUGGCUUUGCUGCUGCAUUUCUAGAGCUGAGAUUCUUGAGGUUAGCUGGGAAUCAGAUUUCUGGUCAGGAUUUGGAUUUUUCCAGAAUGAGAUUAGAGUAUCUUAAUAUUUCGAGCAAUUUGUUUAACGGCUCUGUUGUUAAUCUCUUUGGAGGCCCAUUAGAAGUAGUUGAUUUGAGCAGGAACCAAUUUCAAGGCCACAUUGUUGCUCAAGCAAACUUCAGCUCAAGCCCAACCUUCGACUGGUCGAAUUUGGUCUAUUUGGAUUUGUCGGAGAAUCAGUUGAGUGGGGAGUUUUUCGAGUUCUUCUUUUUCACUUGCUUGACUCGUGCUAGAAACCUUACGUACCUCAAUCUAGCAUUCAAUAGAUUCGCCAAACAUGAAAUUACGCAAGUCGACACGUUCACAAAUUUAGAGUAUCUGAACCUAUCGAGCACCAAUUUGAUCGGCCGAAUUCCGAGCAAAAUGUCGAGUUUGACACACUUAAAAACACUCGACCUCUCCCUGAACAACCUAACGGGAGAAAUCCCAUUAGCUCUGAUAAAAAACCUUCAUGUGAUGAAUAAGUUCAACUUCUCAUACAACAAUCUAACUCUCUGCGAAACCCAAUUUCCCCAAAUCACCCUACAAUCCGCUUUCAUCGGGUCAGUCAACAGCUGCCCGAUUGCCGCAAACCCAAUCCUCUUCCGAAAGAAAGCCUCGAGUCAACACAAGGGACUUAAACUCGCUCUUCUCCUAACAAUCUCCAUGAUCUGCCUACUAGUCGGCCUGCUCGUUUUAGCUUUCCGUUGCCGGCGAAAAACGAGAAUGUGGGCCAUCAAACAGAAUUCGUGCAAUAGAGAAGAACAAACUGUCUCGGGACCUUUCUCGUUCCAAACGGACUCGACGACGUGGGUAGCAGACGUUAAGCAAGCGACAUCUGUCCCAGUCGUGAUUUUCGAAAAACCGUUACUCAACUUCACAUUCGCCGAUCUUUUAUCCGCGACCUCGAAUUUCGACAGAGGGACAUUACUAGCCGAGGGCAGAUUCGGGCCCGUUUACAGCGGGCUUCUCCCGGGAGGAAUCCACGUGGCAGUCAAAGUCUUGGUCAACGGCUCGACCAUGACUGACCACGAGGCUGCAAAAGAGCUCGAAUACCUCGGACGAAUCAAACACCCGAAUCUUGUCCCGUUAACGGGUUACUGUCUCGCCGGAGACCAAAGGAUCGCGAUUUACGAGUACAUGGAAAACGGCAACUUGCAGAAUCUACUGCACGAUUUGCCGCUCGGAGUUCAGACCACAGAGGACUGGAGCAAUGACACGUGGGAGGAAGAAAAUAACAAUGGGAUACAGAACGUGGGCUCGGAGGGCUCGCUGGCCGCCACCUGGCAGUUCAGGCACAAGAUUUUGCUGGGGUCCGCGCGGGCCCUUGCGUUUCUUCACCACGGGUGUUUGCCUCCGAUUAUUCAUCGAGAUGUGAGGGCCAGCAGUGUUUAUCUCGAUUCUAAUUUAGAGCCGAGGCUUUCGGAUUUUGGGGUGGCUAAGAUUUUCGGAAACGGGCUUGAGGAUGGGAUAACGGGCCACGGGCCUCUGGGCUAUUUGCCGCCGGAGUUCGGGCAAAAUGGUGAGGGCCCGAGUACUAAAUCGGACGUUUAUGGAUUUGGGGUCGUGUUAUUGGAGGUGGUGACAGGGAAAAUGCCGGAUGAGAAUCUUGUGAGUUGGGUGAGGGGAUUGGUUAGGAGGAAUGAAGGGUUACGGGCAGUGGACCCCAAGAUUCGUGGGACCGGGCCUGAUGGGCAGAUUGUGGAGGCUUUGAAAGUCGGGUAUCUUUGCACGGCUGAACUUCCUUCGAAGAGGCCGAGCAUGCAGCAGGUUGUGGGGCUACUUAAGGAUCUCGAGCAGAUUACGGGUUAG